GAAAAAAAGCAGGAUAGAGCUUUUCUCUACUCUACCGUGCUGAAAACGAUAGAUUUCAAUCAUUGCUAUAGAAAGUAGAAACACAAGAUCAUGGUAUGGUACUAUGGUUGUUAGAACUUAGAAGCGAAGUUGCCCGGCCAGAAGCUUCAUUCCAGUUUCACUACUUUUGUGAUUUAGAACUGAGAAACAACUGAUCAAAUCAUCAAAUCAAGUUUAUGCUCCUGAAUCUCUCCUUAACAUCUCUUGAAAGGAAGAAAAAUGUUUACUCUUAGGCUUGUAGGAGGGAUUUUCAUCGUUCUUCUUCUAAAGAAACUCUUCGACAAAAGAACUGAUCAUGCUUCUGCAAAUGGAAAGAACGAUGCCAGUGCCACACAAAAGUCCGACUCCGAUUCCGAUUCCUCUUCUGGAAAGAACGACGCAGCAGCAGCAUCAUCAUCUGCCACACAAGAGUGCGAUGAUUCCUCUUCUUCUGAGUGGGAUUACGAGGUAUUCUUGAGCUUUAGAGGUGAGGAUACCCGCACUAAAUUCACCGACCACCUCUACAACGCCCUCCUCGAUAAAGGAAUCCACACUUUCAGGGACAACGAAGGACUUCGAAUCGGAGAAAAGAUCGGUCCAGCGCUUAUCUCUGCGAUCCACCAGUCCAAAAUCGCUAUCAUCAUCUUCUCAAAGGACUAUGCUUCCAGCAAAUGGUGCCUCCAUGAAGUUGCAGAGAUUGCGGGGUACAUGAAAAAGGGGGGCAAAAGACAAAUAAAAGCGAUGCCCCUAUUCUACGAUGUAGAUCCAUCGGAGGUCCGAAACCAGACUACUGGUAGCUCCUAUGGGAAUGCUUUUCGAGACCACGAGAAGAAUUUCGACAAGGAGACUGUAGAGGUGUGGAAGAAAGCUUUGAGAGAGGUUGGUGAAUCCAAAGGAUGGGAUCUGAAGAAUACUGUUGACGGGCAUGAAGGGAAGUUAAUAAAAUUAAUUGUUAACGAAGUUUGGAGUGAAUUAAGAAAGAGCCCCUUGACUAUUUCUGACAAUAUGGUCGGAAUUCAUUCUCAUAUUAAAGAAAUGAUGAAGUUGUUAAACAUUACAUCUAAAGAUAGACGGAUUAUUGGUAUCCAUGGCUUAGGUGGCAUUGGUAAGACAACGAUUGCCAGGUGUGUGUACAAUACAGUCUAUCAUCACUUUGAAGGAUGUAGCUUUAUAGCAGAUUUUCGAGAAACUUUCCGAACAAAGGGAGCUGUCCAUUUGCAAAGUCAACUUCUCACUAAUAUCUUGAACCUUGAGAAUCCAAACAUUACUAGUGUUGAUCAAGGAAUUGAUAUGAUCAAGCAAAGAUUAUCAAAUAAAAAAAUUCUUAUUGUUCUUGAUGAUGUGGAUAAAAAACGUAACUUAGAUGCAAUAAUUGGGAAUCGUGACUGGUUUGGUUUUGGAAGUAAGAUUAUUAUUACAACUAGGGACAGGCAUGUCUUAAAUGUUCUUGAAGUAGACGAAACUUAUGAGCCCAAUGAAAUGGAUUCAGAUCAAUCUCUUAAACUUUUCUGCAAAAAUGCCUUCAAAAUUGACCAACCUCCAAAAAAUUAUUUGGAUCUCUCAAAAGAUGUGGUAAAAACAACUGGAGGACUUCCUUUGGCUCUUGAGGUUAUAGGUUCUUAUUUAUGUCAUAAAACAGAAUCAACAUGGGAAGACACAGUGAAGAAGUUGGCCAAAAUUCCAAAUAAUGAAGUGCUGACAAAGUUGAGAAUAAGUUACGAUGGAUUAGAAGAUGAAGAGAAAUCGAUGUUUCUUGAUGUUGCUUGUUUUUUUAUCGGAAUGGAAAAGAAUAUUGCGUGUUACAUAUGGGAUGGCUGUGAAUUUUUCCCUAAAUCAGGAAUUGAAAAUCUUUGCCUGAAGUCACUAGUUAAGAUUGGUGAAGAAAAUGAGCUAAUGAUGCAUGAUCAGCUGAGAGAUCUUGGAAGGGAAAUUGUUCGUCAAGAAAACCCUAAGGAGGUUGGGAAACGUAGUAGGUUGUGGUUGCACGAGGAGGUAUUGGAAGUAUUGAGUACUCAACAGGGAACAAGGAAAGUUGAAGGACUAUCUAUUACCUUCCCCUAUCGGGGAAAUAACCAAUGUAUGAUGAUUGAAUCCUUUGCCGCUAUGACUAAACUAAGGUUACUUCAGGUGGAUAAUGCCACGGUUGCUGGAAACUUGGUGCUUUCUUUUCCAGAAAUGAGAUGGCUUAGUUGGAAAAGAUGCCCUAUGCAAUUUACACCAACCAGUCUAAGGAGGUUGUGUGUUCUUGAUCUGUCAGAGAGUGACAUCACAGAAAAUUGGAUGGGUUGGAACUAUAUCAAGGAGGCAAAAUCUCUUAGAGUUCUGAACUUGAGCAAUUGUUAUGAAUUAUCCCGGAUUCCAGACUUCUCAGAAAAUAUACAAUUGGAGGUAUUGGUUCUUGAAGACUGUAAAAAGUUGGUUACAAUUGAAGCGUCCAUUGGUCAUCUUAAGAAGUUAAUCAUAUUGAACAUGAAUGAGUGCGAGAGUCUAAUGCAUCUCCCAGCCAGCAUUGGUGAGUUGACUUCUCUCAAAAUACUUGACAUUAGAAAUGUAAAAAUCGACCAAUUGCCAGAAACAUUGGGCCGCUUGGAAGCCUUAACGGAGCUGUAUGUUGACUUUUCUGCAAUAAGGUUACCUAGUUCAGUACAUCAACUGAGAAACCUCCAAAUUUUAAGUACAGACCUUUCUUCUAUGAAACAUGAAGGUGCUAUUAGAAUUAAAUAUCAAAACAAGCCUCGUAUGGGAUUGGAGAUGGAUCUCCCAGACCUUCCUCCAAGUUUGAGAUAUUUGGAUGCUUCGCUAUGUGAAAUGAGAUCACUCCCAAUGCUCUCAAAUCUGACAAAUUUAGUGGUAUUGCAACUUUAUGACUGCCCAAAUUUGAUGGAGAUACCAACUGCUAUCAAUGCUCUUACGAGUCUGGAGUCGCUUGGUUUAGAUGAAUGCCCUCGCCUAGAAUGCAUCCCACAUCUUCCCUCAGGUCUGAAAAGCUUGAUUGUUCAGAAUUGUGAAAAUCUUAGAGAAAUAUCAGGUUACUUGGACAUGGGAAAUUUAGAGAAAUUAGAUCUUAGUAAUUGCUCCAAGCUAGCAAAAUUAAGCCUUGAGGGAUUACAUUCUCUGCAGCAGUUUGAGAUUUCGGAGUGUGACUCAUUGAGAAAAUUGCCAAAACUUAGGGGCUUGAAAAAAUUGAGGUGCUUAGAGUUCAGGAGAGUUGGCUUAUCUGAGAUUGAAGUGCUUGAGGGAUUGUACUCUCUGGAAAAGUUGAGUAUAGAGAAUUGCCAAUUAUUAAGAACAAUUCCAAAUUUAUCAGACUCGAAGAAUCUUGAGUGCAUUGAAAUUAAACUAUGCAAUGAGUUAUCUGAGAUUGAGGGCCUUAAGGGAUUGGACUCACUAGAGAAACUUUCUAUAUCAGAUUGCCCAUCAUUGAAAAAGAUGCAACUUCCCAAAAAAUUGUGUGAAUUAUAUAUCUGGAAGUGUGACAAGUUAUCUGAGAUUGAGAUUGAGGGUCCUGAGGAUUUGGAAUGUUUGACAAUAUUUCACAUUUGUUGGUGCAAAUCAAUUGUAAGAAUACCAGACUUAUCGAACUUGAAGAUGUUAAAGGAUUUAAAGUUUUGGCACCUGCCGCUAGAGAUUAACUGUUUUGAGGGAUUGGAAUCCUUGGAAGAAUUAUCCUUAAAUGGAUCCAAAUCAUUAAAGGUAUUACCAGAUGUCUCACCCUUGAGGAACCUGAAAGAUCUAUCUCUCUUUAAUUAUGAGAUGUUAACCGAGAUCCCAAGUCUUGGCGGAUUGGUGUCCUUGGAAACAUUGUAUGUAAGAGGAUGCAAAUCAAUUGAAAUAUUACCAGAUGUCUCAAACCUAACAAAACUGCAGGUAUUGGAGAUUGAGGGUUGUGAAAAGGUUACUGAAAUUCAUGGAGUUGAUAGGUUGCGACUCUUCAGGUCUUGAGUAUCGAUGGGUGCAUUUCUAUUGAAAGAUUACCAUGUCUAUCAAACUUGAAGAAUCUGACGAGACUAUCUGCUAACAAUUGCGAGAAGUUGAUUAAGAUUCAAGGUGUGGACGAAUUGGAAUCCUUAGAGUCAUUUUGUAUUCAGGGUUGCAUUUCUAUUGAAACAUUACCAUGUCUGUCAAAGUUAAAGAAAUUGUCGUGUCUAUACACUAGUGGCUGCAAGAAGUUAACCGAGAUUCAAGGUGUUGAUGAGUUGGAGUCCUUAAAGUUCUUUGAUGUUCAUGGGUGCAUAUCCAUGCAAUUACCAGAUUUUUCAAGCUUCAAGUCUAAAAAAUUGAAUCCAUCUUGCUUGCAUAUAGAGUGGUAGUCUACUUGAGAUCUGUCUUAGAGGUUGUCAUAUCUGCACGAAAUGGGAUCGUGCAAAAUUCAGUUUGCAAGCCCAUCUAUUAUAGGUCCUGGAAGAGGGAGGAGCUUCAACCCUCAAUCAUUGCAGGUGAUGCUGAAGAUGAAGAAAACAUAUUACAAGGACCGUCUUCAAACAGAAUGAAUAAGUGAGGAAGGUCAUUCCACUGCCAAUGAAGGGUGCAUCAGUAUCCCUUGAGAGUAAAAUAUCUAGAUGUGGCGCUGCUGCACUUCUAUUACUUAUUCAAUAUAGGCGGUUUCUGCUCUAUGAUGCAUCAGGUACAGAGUAAUGUCAUGUUGGAGACAUACAAUUUAUGCCUUCCUGGCUUAUACAUUUUGUCCCAUUGAGGAAGACAACGAGGAAUCCUAAUUCUAGCCUGUGAUGGCCUGUGGGAAAAGUAGGGAUGCUUAGCUCCUAUAUGGAGACAAUUGUAGAACAAUGUGCAUUCGGUGUUUGGCUGGAAAUUUAUCCAUCGAAGACUUCCAAUGGAUGACAAGGUCUCACAAGAAGGCAUUCCUUUGGCGUCAAGGUGUAAUUUUUGCUUGAAAACAUCUGAAUCUGCUGUGUAUAUCUUCAUGGAGUGCAUCUAUUCAAGGAAAAACUUUCCUGUCAAAUUUUACCCGUCAACAAUCUUCUGCUUUGGUGGAAUAGGAAGCGUGGUGCUCGUCUUAAUCCCAAUGAUUAUAUGGACCAAAAGGAAUUUGAGAUGAUUUGUGGGAAGAGAAAGGAGCUCUGGAAUGUUGAAGGAAUACCUUUCCAUGGUAUUUUCAGCAGAAAUGGAUCUUCUUCAAAAAUUAUCUUUCAAACAUCUUUUGGAAAAUCUCCCAUUGUUAUAGGGAAGUUGCACUGGCUGAUUUAUUAGCAAAAGAUGGGGCUGAUACUCAGAUGUCAAUCAGUUGGCUUACAAAUCCACCUUUUGUUCAAGAUGAGAUUAUAUGGGACAUUCAAGGGAGAUCUGGAUUCUGUUUUGAGAAUUGAGUCUUUUUCUACAGGAUAAAUCUAAUGUUCCUUGUUAGACUUAGUGGUUUCUGUUAAUGGCAGUGCUGAAGGUGGAUUCAUAAGGUCUAUCUGGUUUGUCUUUGUUUUACUGAUGACAAUGCUGAAAGCGAAGUGUUAAGAGUGCUUGAUUUUCUGUCAUCUGGGUGUUAAUCUGUAUAUCAUUCUUUAUUACUUUUAAUAUACACUUUUGCCGAAACA